AUGUUCUUCAACACCAAGUCGGUCCUUUUCUUCGUCGCCGCCCUGGCGACAGCCAACGCAGCCGUCCUUCCCGAGCGAGAUGCUACCCUAGACGCGCGUGUCACUGCUCAGGACAUUAAGGGUUGUUAUGAUGGCGCCUUUACUUGCGCCAAUGCCUGCAACGCAGUGCUGCAGAACGAGGGCUACCAGUGCCUCCAACACACUGGUGGCAGUGACUACUGCUGCGUCAAGCUCUAG